AUGAAAGAAAAAAAUGACACUAAGGCAAACGAUGGAAAAGAAAAAUCUUCAAUUCCUUCCAUUGCCGGUAGUUGGUACUAUCCAUCUAAGAAUCAAUUCUAUAGCACAACUAGGAAAAAGGGAUACAACUACUCUAAGGAAGAAUUAGACAUUGCAUUAAAAAUUCACAACGCUGUUAAUGAAGAAACAUGGAAACGAAUAAUGAAAAAAGAACAAAAAUAUUUCGAUCUUUGCAAAGAGCAGAAGUUAAUAAGAUUCAUCGGAUUGCCUAAUAAAUUAUCACUGAAAGCUUUUAUGUUGACUCUGAUGGGGUAUAACAAACCAUUCGACAGACAUGAUUGGUACAUUGAUAGGUGCGGAAAUACCAUCAAAUACAUCAUAGAUUUCUACGAUGGGAAAAGUGAUGAAGGAGCUCCCGUUUCCAUUUUUAUUGAUGUCAGAUCAAAAUUUAGUUACCAUAAUAUGGUUGAUUCUUUUAAAAUUAUGUACAUCAAAAUAUGCAAAUACUUUUUUUAA